AUGCCGAACAUAGAGCAGCAGCAGCAGCAGCAGCAGCAGCAGCAGCAGCAGCAGCAGCAGCAGCAGCAGCAGCAGCAGCAGCAGCAGUAAGAAGGAGUAAUUCAUGCUCUAAAAUUGGGGCCAGCCACGCCCUUAAGUUUGAUAGGGUCAAAAGUCUCCCAAGAGACUACAAUUUCGCGUACGCCGUGCGCUGCUUUAACCAUCGUUCUCCAGUCCGUUAUCAAUUAUCAAGCGUAAUGAACUCUCAGUCUCGUAUUCUAGGCUGAGAUUUUACCUGGGUGGGGGCGACCAGAAGUUCCGAUGCAGCGACCCAAAUGGCUGAGUAAGCGUCAGGUAAAGGAUCCACAACGGUGACGUAAUCACGGCCAUUAACGGCUGGGGUGGUGGCGGAUCAACAGGCAAUCGUGGCAUAAAGUACGACCCCCAAUGGUGAAUACCUACGCUGUGAAUUAUGCUAAUCAUGUGGUUGCACGUUGAUGUUGAUCCUUAUAACUACUCCGCUUUUCCUGCCUCCAUUAGCCUUAUUGGCGUUUGCCUUUGCUGACUGGUUCGAGUGAGAAUUUUAAACGUCAUGCCGCCAACAUUCUUGUUCCAGACAUCCUAUCUUCUUCUUCUUCUUCUUCUUCUUCUUCUUCUUCUAGUAAUCGGUGUGCCGGCUAGGAAUGUAAAUAUUAAUGUGCGUGGAAAGGUACGUGCUGGGCAGCAGCCUUCCCUCCGUCAGUUACUUUGGGGGCAUCUUUUUAAUACUAACACCUCCAAACUAAGAAAUCUAGUAUUUCAAAACCUUGACUGAUAUUCUAGUAAGAAUCCCAGGUAUUCCCAAAUAUUUCCUAGCAAAACCAAACUAAUUUGUACCCCAUGAGACUGGUUAGAGCACUCCGAAGAAGAAUUUAAAACGAUUUAAACAGUAUUCAACAGGCUACGAAUACAAAUACCUUUAGCUUUUUGACGGAAGACCUUUAAAGUGGGACUGACGAUAAACUGGCUAUUCUGAUCCCAAGUGAGUUACCUGGUCUUUUCUCAAUAAUGCAUGCGCAAAACAUUUUUUGUGAGACUGUGCAGUUUUUCUUCUGGCUAAUUCCCAUAAUAAGUGGGGGUUAAAUUCAGAGUCACUUUGCACGAUAAGACGGGCAAAUGGCAAAAAUAUGAAUCUGUGACUUGCUACGUAGUUUAAACUAUAUAAUCCACUUUUUUAACAUGAUUCACCCAUAGGACACCCGCUAACACCAUUCUCGUAUUAAAAGUGGUCUUGUGUUGAAAUGCUGAAGGAGCGGGUGUGUGGUUCUUUCCGACGCAGUACUUACAUUUGGCAAAGAAUAUUUGGUCGGGAUUUUUAGCUAGAACAAACUGACAUCUCUCGGGAACUUGCACAGAAGCGAGGACAGCGACCCUUAAUUCCAAUAAACAGUUUAAUAAUGUGUGUGUGGCAUAACUUAUAGAAUUUUGUGAUUGGGAUCUGAAUGGUCAGCGAAGAAUAUGUGGGCUUUUGUUUCUCUUGCUUAUUAAAUCCACUUGAAGCGCAAAUGAUAUUUUUAUAAAAAGCUAUUUUGUUUAAAAAGCAGAAAAUUCUGGCAAUAAAUGACGUUUCCGGAGGAUUGUCCACGCUGCUGGUUGACAAUGAACAAAGGCGCCUUCUGCACACAUUUAAUCGUGAAAGGACAUUCAUAUUAACUAUAAAAUUUUGCAUUGAUUAUCUUCUAAACACAUAAAACCCGACUGCGCGCCCACUAAUAACAGAUGAAGCCAAACAAAACCGCAUAUACUUGAAAGUUGAGGUACAUUUUCAGUUUUAAAGUUCUUUACUGUAAACCGAUUAUGUUUUCUGCCACAAAGGGUGUAAAUAAUGCUGACAGGCAAUUGGUUGCCUUAAAACACGGGAUUGUCACUGCAUCGACUUUGAAAGGAUACGGAAAUUAUUAGAGAAAGGGAUGCCGCAUGGGUCGUCAACAAGUAAUUUUAAUAUUCGCAGGUCAAUUUCCGACAGAUUAUUAACAACAGGACUGGCUCUGUGGAAUGCAGUGGCUGUACAAAGCGUUUAACAAAGAGACGGUCUUAUCCGCUGGACCUAGCAAACUUGUCAUCGUGUGCCUUUUUAUACUAUUCACAGAGAGCAUUUGUAUGUCGUCCGCAGAAGGUCACGAACACGUUAUUUCAAAAUUCGAAUCUAACAAGGAUAUGUUUUUUAUUUGCUCAGGGUUUUUUUAAUCACAGGCAGUCAUUCAAAAAGUACGUUCUCUUCUUCGACAUGGUCUUGUUUUUGGAAAAUUCGACAAAGAUGAUAAAUGUUGCCAUAUGCGGAAUAACGUUCCACUGGAACACAUUUUGCCAGCCGUGACUUUCAAGAAAGGUUGACGACUGAUUAUUUCGAUGGUGGUCAAAUUUGGGCAACGAUCAGUCAGGCGAUUGAGAAGGGACAUUUUUUGCAAAAGCGUAGGCUUCAGUAUCAUUAAUACUGCCUUCUUUAACCAGAAAAGGUCAUCUUUCACUCAUCUGGAUGUCUUUUGAAUUUGGAAGGCAAAAUAAUUCAGCCUUCUAUCAUUAAGCUCUUCCUGGAUCAUUUGUUAACCCAAAAGGAACCUUGGGGUUUUCCUUUUGGAUUAAAAGCUCGGAUAUUGAGUUACUUGGAAAAUGUUCGCAUACGGGAGGCAGAACGUGAUCUACACGAUGUUGAUAGGGGGGCGCUCACUGACGCUGCACUCUUCAAUCGCGUAAUCGUACAGUUAUUACCACAGAAACCUUGAAGACAUACGCUGAGAGGCAAAGAGUUCUGUGCUUCUUAGAAGUUUGCAUGGAAUGAAACUCCAUUCACGGUUUCAGAAAGAUCCAGCUCCGUACGUACACAAACACUUAUAUGCGACAGUGACCUCGAACACCUCCGGUCAGUCGGCACACAUAUCCCUCGAUUAUGUGGUUUACCUAAGAUCCAUACCGAAGACCUAACGGUUCGUCCGAUUUUAGAUAUGCGGAAAUCUCCGUAUCGUGCGAUAGCGAAGUGGUUAGCAGAGAAACUCAAGUCCAUACAACAUCAGCUGACACCACGCAGCUAUCGAGAUAUCUUCCAUUUCACUGACAACAUUAACGACCUCAACCUUGACAACAUGAUGUUCUCACUAUACGUUACAUUACUUUUUGCAAACGUCCCGGUCACCGAGGCAGUUGAUUACAUCUGUGAUUUUCUAUCUGCCAAUCAGCAAGAAAUGGGAAUGCUGACGAACACAUUUAAGGAACUGUUAAUAAGGUGCACAUAAAAAACGCAAUCCCCUUUGACAACCAACUAUAAAUAACUAGACGGCGUUACUACGGGCUCGCCUCUUGGACCUCUCUUAGCCGACGUCUCCGUGGGCAAAAUGGAGAGAUUUCAACUUGGCGAAGCGAUUGAAAAAUCCAAACAUUACGGUCGCUACGUUAAGGAUAUCUCUGCGAUCUCCACCACAGAAACCGACGUUGCUGCCUUCUUAUAUGCUGUAACUGGAGCUGCUGCUCAAAUACAUGUUGAAUAUGGAAUCGGCCGGUUCGCUUCCUUCUUUAGAUGACUUUCUAAACGGGAGACCUGACGGUAGCAUCCGAAGGAGCGUCUAUUGGAAGAAAACCUGGUCUGGACAAUACAUGAACUUUGCUAGUUUCAUACCUCUCCAACAUAAACGAAUUCUAGUCAGGUGUUUGGCAUAAAGAGCUAGAAAAAAUUGUUUAACAGAUAGUAUCGACGAGGAACUUAGAAAAAUCCAGGACUUGGUUCGCGCAAACGGGUAUCCUGACAGGUUUAUUGCAAAGAACAUUGCCGAAUGAUCUGCAAAACCCACCACACUGACCACCGAAAAGAAAACUGUGUUCUUCAAAGUUCCUUUCCAAGGAGACGUUGCGAAUGUACUUCUAAGAAGACGUCUUGAUAAAGCUAUCUCGAGAACCUUCCUAGCAGCAAGGGUUCGCAUAUGGUUCUCUACUAACCCUAUUUUACGCGGAGAAGGCAAAGCUAGGCUGUCACCACAGACCACUUCAUUGUGAAUCUACUCAUUCACUUGUUCUUGUGGAGCAAGUUAUAUCAGUCGUACGAGUCGGUGCCUUUCCAAACGAAUACGAGAGCAAAAGGUGAAGCUAGGAGAAUAGACAGCGCCAUCCUUGCGCAUGAAGUGGAUUCAAGGCAUCGUGUGGACCCCACGGAAACAUUUCGUGUGAUUUAUAAAGUCCCCUCGAGCUACCCUAAGCUACUGGGCCAGCGCCUGUUAGCAACAGCAGAAGCGGCCGCCAUCAGGUUACGAAAACCGACCCUAUGCGCCCAGAAGAACGCCGUUCAGGCUCCGCGCUUACCGUGGUAAUGGGUUGACUAAUCACAUGCGACUUUCCGCGUCCAUCCGCUCUUGUCUAGCCUGUACUUUAAAACUAACGCUUAUCGAUUUUUUAAAUCACUUUACCCCGUUCCCAUAUAACAGCAUCGGCCUGAAGAGAAGUUAUCGGAUGCAGCGUUUGUUCGCAACUCUGUCUUCUGAAUACUGGUAUAAGAAUGUAUUUACCCUCUCUUUGUCGGCAAUAAACCCGACAUUGUCUUAACAAUCCCUAUUCGAUACCACCCUCAUCCAUAUUUUCAAGCGUCUUUCGAAAUGAUAUGUUUACGUUCUAAAGUCUAUAACUAUGCUGCUUCCAAAAUAAUUUUAGUUUUAUAAUUAUCUGUGUUGCGAACCAACACUUCGCAAUUGAUGCUUAACCUUUAAAUUUACUAGUACCCGUAAACCCUGCUGUUUCUGCUUGUUUUCAAUCUUUUACUAGAAAACGAAAUGUUCCACAAAAAUGUAAAUCACAGCAGCUAAUCCUUGUCUUAGACGUACUACGUAAUCUAAUAUGGUGUCUGGGUAACCAGUCCGUAAGGCGGCGUUCAAUUAUCGUAGCCUAGUGAGUUGUAGAUUUCAAAAACUGUAUACGUUAAGUAGAAAGUUCGUUGACUUUUCUCCAACCUCGUGGUGCGCUAGCCACUUCACAUUUCCGAAGCAUUCUCUAGCGAAUUUUGAUGCAAGUAACGCAACCGUCAUUCAUACUCGUAUUACUACAGCAUUUCAUCAGCCGAACAAAACAGGGGUUGUUUAUGUUAACUGACGACAUAUGCUGCCCAUUUUUAUAGCCAGAGCCGUCUGUCAAGGAAAUCUUAUCCACAUCAAGUUACUCAAGCUCUUCCCCAAGAUACGAAAGUUCCCUUCGUCCUUCGGUCUUUCGACAUGGCGGGAUCUGCAUAACCAGUUGUUUCUUCCGAAAAACGCCCCCAUUCGUGCUGGUUAACGCAAGUUGGGAAACAUAUGUCGAUGUCUGUUCUCUGAAGGUCACAGUCGUUCUCGCAUCUAUAAGAAGUUAGCCGAACAUACAGAUAGUAUAAUAUUCAUCUUUAGGGAAAUCACGUCAUGUGACGAAAAAAUUUGGGUAGUAUUCUGAGGGCUAUGCGAAUGCGAUAUCCGGGAAUUGGCGAAUAGGUCUUUUAUGGAAGUAUUUGAGCAUGACACAACGGACACCUAGGCAAUCAUUCCCGGCUCACAGACGGUCAUAUAUAAGUAGAAACCGUGGAUAUUCUCCGUCGCUCCCUUCGUACAUCAAGUAAAGUACCAUUUGAUCUGGAGGGCUGGCAAGACGUCAGCAUGAUUUCUGUGCCAUUGGUUUUUGUAGGUAUACAAAAAUUCUGGAAACGUUGCUGUUAAUAUAAAUUGCAAACUAUUCCCUACAGCGCAGAAUUGUGAAGUACAUCAGCGGAAAUUGAAAGAAAAACUUUCACGAAUGAAGGCAAGAUUCUGAGUUCCAGGUGUAUGCAUAAGUGAGGAAAAAGAGUCGAGCACCGGAACACUUCGUUUACUGUCCUGAGCUUUCAAACUCGUGCAGGAGCCCAUCGUCAGAACAAGAACAGAAAAACUUUCACCAGAAAAAUUAGACCAUUGUUACACAUAAUGUCCGCUGCGUGAGAACAGGGACGGUGACAUGAGCGUGAGUCAGUUGAUAGCGACGGUAGACUUGCGCAGCAUUUAUCGCACUUUCUUCCCCUCCCCCAUCCCAUCUGGGCCCGGUGUAAAGACAGAGUAAAGAAGACGGCAGGCAGGAGAGAGCGCCGGUUGCUGGCACGACGAGCACCCGCACUAAGGCGUACCACCACAGCCCCUGGUUUACAAAGCACACUGACCAGAAUUUUAUCUUGAAAUUCACGGCGUACUUUGCUUAAUGCAUAGCCCUCCGGUGUCGCUUGUGUGGUUGACGCGUACCCGCAUUUUGCAGUCACCUGUGUUGCCCCGCCCUCCUUGAUCGCGGAGAUAAUUGGCGACCCCGGUUAUUCUGCGCUGUGACUUUCCACAGUCUAGUAGGUUCUUAAACUCAGAUGGGGCAUGGUAAAUUAACGUGGCGGUUGACGGAACAGCCAGUGAACAUUUAGGUUUCUUUCACCUGCCUGAUCAUCGUCUCGGCCCACGAUCUCGGCAGCAUCAAAUUUGAAGGCCUGUCUCAUAUUCGCGGCAUGGGUUGCAGCCUCCGACGUUCCCUUAGCCCGCAAUCUCAAUGACGCCAAAGUAGAAACUGUCCAGGUCAACCGUUGUCAUCGACAAGGUAGGCCACCGAAACAAAGUCCUCAUGCUGCUCACUGAUCGGGAGUCCUACAAAGUCAGUGACGCCGCCAGUCUAAAACCACAACUGGCGAAGGUGAACGAAACUUGCCUCGGCUAAAGAAGGGAAAGUUUACUACCCACAGAAGCAGCAAUGCGUAAUUCUACGGUCUCCCAAAAGCACAUACAGUGCGUGACUGAUCUGAUGAAAUUUGGACCAAAAUUUGGAAAUGCGUUUUCGAUUAGGAAAGAUUACUUAGGUGGGAUUGUAAUGUUGAUUAUCAAAUGACAUACUCCUGUAUUAUUUCAGACUCGCCAGAAUGUCGAACUUUGAAUGCACCUCAUUUCGACAUCCUAUAGAAGUCACAGUCUGCAAAAAAUGACUAUUUAUGUAGCGUGUAUUUUACAUAUCGGUUUUCGAUGAUCUUAUAAAUGCAAAUAUUUUUUAUAGAAUACACGCACAACAAUAUGCUUUCUUUUACUCGUUUGGUAGAAAAUAACGUUAUCUUUACAGUUUAUGCCCAAAGAAAGCGUAUAUUUAGGUUUUUAAAAAGUUUCCCAAUUCUCGAAUAAUUUUGGACCAGAUCAGGUAUUACAUUAUUAUUUAGCGAUUCCAGUCCACAAGGUGCAUGCUUUCCGCACAAGAAAAAUCAUACAUUCCUCUGUGCCUUUAAGAAGAUACCGUGUUGAGUUCAUAAAAUUUUGCAAUGGAUGUGGACUAUGUUGUACGUUUCAUGAGGAGAAUUGGUAAACGGAGAUGUGCGACGCAGUAUGUAUGGACAUCGUACGGUCUUAAAAACCCCAUAAUUAGAAACUUUUUAAAAACCUAAAUAUACGCUUUCUUUGGGCAUAACCUGUAAAGACAACGUUGUUUUCUACCAAACGAGUAAAAGAAAGCAUAUUUUUGUGCGUGUAUUCUAUAAAAAAUAUUUGAAUUUAUAAGAUCAUCGAAAACCGAUAUGUAAAAUACAUGCUACAUAAGUAGCCAUUUUUUGCAGACUGUGACUUCUAUAGGUCGAAAUAAAAUGCAUUUAAAGGCCGACAUUCUGGCGAAAUACUACAGGAGUAUGUCACUUGAUAAUCAGCAUUACAAUCCCACCUAAGCAAUCCUUCCUAAUCGAAAACGCAUUUCAGAAUUUCGGCCAAAAUUUCAUCAGAUCGGUGGCACACUGUAAGCCAGAUGUUCCCAUACGACCAGUUGUCUUACUUCGAGGCACAAGGGCAAACAGGCUUUCAGGCUGGCUACUACAGAAGCGGAGCUUCCUGGCCGUGGGUUCAAAAACAACAGUGCCCUCAGCAGAACAAUUUCUCGACAAAAUAAACGCAGUUAGAGUCAAACGGAAUGAGGGGAUGGUGCCAUAUGAGGUCAUCUUAUGUUUCGCGCCUAUAUCAGAAACUUUCGCGAUUGAAUGGCUCACUCACUUGUUAAGUCAAAAUCACAUCGAGGAUGAUGGUGAGCCCACAGCUCGGUAUUCCUUGGAACUCAUGCGGCACAUCCUCAAUAAAUUCCUUACCUUCGAAGGGAUCGAGGUGAGCAAUUAAAGGGGACGCCGAUGGGUUCACCAAUUUCUGGGCCUAUUGCCGUGGCGGUUUUGCAAGAACUUGGAAAGCGUUUGUUUGAGGAGUACAAACACAAGUUUCUGGCAUCCUACGUUGAUGACACCCUUGUUAUCCUCGGUCGGAAUAAAAUUGCCUACUAA